GUUGUCGUAUUUUGGUGGGGUGAUUGACUUGAUUCGACCAAAUACAUUAGGCUACUAUAGCCUACGUAAUCGAAAGUGUUAGGAGUUUGACCCCCUCUCACUUUGUACCCUCUGAAAAGCUUGGUUUCAAUGAAUUUUGUGGGUUAGCCAACAUUUAACAGAUUAGAAGCAUACAUACGAUUUUCGCGCAGUAUGGCCAUGUUGGAGACCAUUUGGCUGUUAUGAAGCUGUAAGGUUUCCGUAUUGCUUUAUUUAUUUUCCAUCUUCUGCGCUUCAAUGACCAAGCUAGUUGACGAUGGUGCGCAAUUCUCCGCGCUUGUUGUCGGAGGCGUUGGAAUACCAAGACAACAUGAACCGGGGGACAACAACGUUCGGUUAGGGAUCAGCCCGUAUGGAGAGACCUCUCACUUCGCAGCCUUCAAUUUCAUUGCCCCCACACAGAAGUCCCAGUUUAUUCCCCAAGUCUCCGGAUACGCAGCUGCGCUAGGAAGCCACUGCGGAGGGCACAUCGGUUCACAUGGACACAGAGCUAUCGAUUCCAGGAAUAUUACGUUUACCUAUCGCACUCCAGACAUUGUCGAUUCCGCAGCAAGAGAUACUCGACACGGAUUUUUAAGCCGCACCGCAACAGGAAGUGUACGAACUCCCCCAAGGAUCUCUGAAAACCGAGCGCACAAUCUCUUUUCAUCUAUAGGUGAACAGAGCGCAUUCCCAAAUGGAUACAUGGCGAAUAGCAGGGCGCAUUUGGGUACACGGGGAGACAUAUUCGUGGGAGCAGAUCCGCAUCAACCUGUCUCGAACCCGCACCCGCAUUUCAGUGAUACCCAGCUACACUUUGAUCACAAUGUGGACAUGGGCAUGAGAGUGACAACACAGACUGGUCACGGUGCUUUCUUUCGAUACAUGCGACAGCACUCUAAGCAGGAUGUCACUUGUAAAUGGAUAGAUGCGAAUCAGACGAAUCAACUCCAAAAAACGUGCGGCAAGAUGUUUUGCUGUAUGUCCGAGCUGGUUACGCACGUCUCCGUGGAUCACGUCGGCGGUCCAGACCAGAGUCUGCAUACUUGCUUUUGGGAGGAUUGUCCGAGAGAAGGCAAAUCUUUUAAAGCGAAGUAUAAAUUAGUCAACCACAUUCGUGUACACACUGGAGAAAAGCCAUUCAAUUGUCCAUUUCAUGGCUGUGGGAAAAUGUUUGCCAGGUCGGAAAAUUUGAAAAUACAUAAAAGGAUUCAUACGGGUGAGAAGCCCUUCAAAUGCGCUUUCGAAGGCUGCGACAGGCGGUUCGCAAAUAGCAGCGACAGAAAAAAACACAUGCACGUUCAUAACUCAGACAAGCCAUACAUCUGCAAGCUGUGCGACAAGGCCUACACUCAUCCCAGCUCUCUGAGGAAACACUCGAAGAUUCACAAAUCUCAAACCUCCGAGAACUCCCCAACGGGAACUUCUGGAUAUGAGUCGUCCACGCCACCAGCUCCGUGUAGACCUACAUCCUCAACCAUCAAAGACUCGACAAAAACAUCCAUGCUGCUGGUCAAGCGUCAUAAGUCAAUAUUUAAAGAUGCUCUCUCAACCGAUUUGGUUGAAUGGUACGUUUGAAAGGGUUAACUGUCCAAGUGUAACCACUAAAACGUCAAUAGAAUUAGGAACACAGACCGGUUUGCCAAGUUUUCAACAAAGUUAUAGAAAACACAGGGUAUAGGCCUAUGCAUUGCCUUAGUGUUACGCUUUAAAGGCGCCAUCAUAAAAUGCUGUAGUUUUGAAGUAAUUUCUAUUCGGUGUCCUCCCUCCCAAAUGUUUGGAAAAGUCUUAUCCAUUAAUAGACAGGCCUCUUUGUAUAAGCCUAUAGGCUACUGAUAAAUAGACAAAUAAAUUAAUACAUGAUGAAAGACAAAAAUACCGAAAUGAAUAAGCAAAGGUCAAAUAAGCCUAUAGAAACCAAAUGUAUAAAAAGAAAGAAGGAAAGCAGAUGACCGAGGAAAUAUAUUAAUAAAUAGAGUUGAACAGUAUAGGCCUAUUUGCAUUGUUGAUAGGCUAGCGCUAGCCUAUUUGAGCUAUUUUGUCAGAAUCCGUUUUCAGACAGAAAACGAUAGGUCUACUGUGGUCGACAUUCCAUGUCGCCUUUAGAAAAGAACAGCAUACAAAUGAAUGGCUUUAUUUCUCUAUCUUAAAAUAUACCGUUUAUAAUAUCAUUUAUUUCAUUGUAUUAUUGUUGCAACGUAUUAUAAUGUUGGUGUUAUACAUUUCUGGAUAUAAAUAAAUCAAAUACAAAUUAUAUUUCUAAGAGGCAUGCAACUUGAGUCAACUUUAAUAAGAAAUAUGUUUAUGGGCAUUUUAUACGAUGUUGAGUCUAAUAACUUAGGUAAGAUAAGAUCCAUUUGUAUAGAUGUUUAGGCGUUUAUUUUUUUUAAGAUUCUGGAGUCGUAACCUACCUUUUGCUAAAUGAUUCCCACAUCCAGUGUUUGAGGACAAUGCUAAAGUUGACAACCCAUUACUGCCCACAAGACACAAAAUAAUCUGAAAGUAUUCAGUUGAACGUCAAGGGAAAGGUUUUAAACAAGCAAUUUAAAUACAUCUGGUACAGGACUAGUAUGUUGUUCAGUUCGUCAAAACUAGCAUCAGAUUUAGACUCAAGUAGGCAUCUGUUGUUUUCCCCGCUGGAAUUCAAAAAUUAAAUGAAAGCUAAAUGCAAACUACCAUAGAACAAGGCAAAAGUUUAAUAAAUAUCAGGAAGAAUAUAAUAAUAUAUUACAUAAAUCUGACCUUUAAAAACAAAACAAAAAUUGUGGCCUUUAUUUUAUGGCUCGUUGAUUAGUUGGAAAGGAUUCCAUCGGUGCAGUGUAUCCCAAAUGGCCAAUAAAUUGGUACUACUUUAA